AUGGAGCUUUCUCUCCAAUCCAGUUCCCUCCAUUUCCUGAAAACUGGUUCAAUCAAACAAGCCCACAAAGCACCAAUAUUCCUUCCAAACCGGCACAACUCCAUCGUCUCCUGCCGAGCCACCACUCGCAACAAUUUGUACCAAGUGCUCUCACUGUCAUCAGAAAAUGUUGGGCCCGAGGAGAUAAAGAAGGCCUACAGAAAUCUGGCCCGGCAGCACCACCCGGACGUCCGGCCCGCAUCCGGGAAAGAAGAGUCGACCCGCCGGUUCUUGGAGAUCCGGGAGGCUUACGAGACGCUGUCCGACCCGGAUUCCCGUCUGGUUUACGACUACCAGCUCAGCACCACGAACUCGAGUGGGCGGCCGCGGCGGAGCGAGUGCUCGUCGUCGUGGAGGGCGGUGUGGCAAAUGCAGCUCCAUGGGCUCAAAGAGCGGUCCCGGGUCAGGAUGGAGAGGAAGAGUACUUAUAGUUCUUAA